CAUCAAUUUGCAUGCAAUGGCUAUAUACAAAUACUAGUUUGGUCCUGUCUUAAUUUGUUUCCAAAACUACGACAAUGGCAACAGCAACAUUGGGGGGUUUCCACGGGCCAAUGUUUGCAGCUUCCUGGACUAAAAAUUGCACUUUCGAGUGGUUGCCAAAUGGAUUUCGGCAGAAAUAUAUUCUCUCAACGAGCUCAACUGCUAAGCUCAAUUUUCACGGCAUGCCAUUUCUUGGGGGUGGCUUCAAGAAAACAGCAGCAACUCAUGUCACAUCUCCCAACUCAUCUUCCCAGAGUGUGACAACGGGAAUACUUGAUGCAUGGAACGAUGAAUAUGGUGGAGUCAUAAUUAAUUCGGAGAGCCUUCCCACGAGUGCAAAUGCUUUUGCAUCCGCUUUUCAGGCUUCCUUGUCCAACUGGAAAAUGAAGGGAAAAAGGGGGGUAUGGCUCAAAAUACUGCAAGAGCAAGCUGAUCUUGUUCCAAUUGCAGUUCAGGAGGGUUUCAACUAUCACCAUGCUGAACCAGGAUAUAUUAUGCUAACAUACUGGAUUCCGAAGGAACCAUGUGUGCUUCCUGCUAGCCCCUCGCAUCAAAUUGGUAUCGCAGGAUUUGUGAUCAACGAUAAAAGAGAGGUUCUUGUGGUCAAAGAGAAGUGCCCUUGUAGUUGCUCCGGUGUGUGGAAGUUGCCCACUGGCUAUAUCAACAAGUCUGAAGACAUAUUUUCUGGAGCUAUCAGAGAAGUAAAAGAAGAAACUGGUAUUGACACCACUUUCCUAAAAAUGGUAGCUUUCAGGCACGCACACUUGGUAGCAUUUGACCAGUCAGACUUGCUCUUUGUCUGCAUGCUCAAGCCAUUAUCCUACGAGGUCACAAUAGAUGACAAGGAAAUCCAAGCUGCAAAGUGGAUGCCUGUUGAUGAGUUUAUUACCCAGCCAUAUUACCAAGAUGACUGCUUGUCAAAGAAAGUCAUUGAUAUAUGCAUGGCGGCCAAAGAAGAUCGUUACAGUGGAUUCAUUGGUCAUCAGCUCAACUCCAAAAUUGAUGGAAAAGUGUCUUACUUGUAUUAUGAUGAAUUCAAAAAUAUUUAGAAUUUCAUCUUAUAUUAUUUUCCAAGGGGACAUAUUUAAUUAUCCCCUGAAUCUAUUAUAUAUCAUAUUAAAAAGAUGAUAAUUUCCUCCAUAAUCUAA